UCUAUAUUUCAAGACAUGUUAGAUUCGAUGAAAGUAAUUUCCCUGUAUCUUCCUUCUCCUUCACAAGCUCUUCAUCAUUUUUAAAUUCUUCUAAGUUGAAUUCAAGUCUCAAUGCAUGGCUUGAUAAUGGACCUUUGGUUAAUAUUCUUCAAUCUGAUGUGUUGCCUACUCACACAAGCUAAUCAAUGGUGCCAAUUGCUUCAUCAUCACCUCAUAUUGGUCUUCGCUUAAUGGAUAUUGCUCCUAGUGUAGCGCCUUCUCCAACCUCCUUAUCCUUGCCAUCUUUGGGCACAAGCUCGUCCUCAGCUUCUGAAUUAGGUUUGUCUCUUCCUUCCUUGCCUUUGGUUUUUAAUGCUGAUUCUAUUCCAAGUGUUAGUAUUGUCUCUACGACGUCACCAAAUGGUCUUGAUCACUCCACCUCCGCUUCACAAAAGUCACCACCUGAACUCAUCCCAUGUAAGGACUUUGCUAUUUUCGAUGUUAUCUCUACAUUGGUUGCUCAGUUCUUUAUUCAAGCUCUUGCACUCCUUCAUUAUUUCCUUGGUGUUGAGGCUAUCUCUACCACUGUAAAUCUUUUUUUGACUCAGCAUAAAUAUAUACAUGAUUUGCUUGAACAUACUGGCAUGUUGGACACCAAGUUGGUUACCACUCCACUUUCUUCCUCUACUCAGUUUCACCUUGAUGAUGAUUGGGUUGGUGAUAAAGAUUCUUUGAUUUCUACUGCAAGUGAUAUAACUUAUCUUGGAGCUAAUCCCAUCUCUUGGAGAUCUUGCAAACAACAAGUUGUUGCUUGUUCCUCCAUAGAAGCCGAGUAUCGUGCCUUGGCAGCUGCUUCUUGUGAACUCACAUGGGUUCGACACUUACUUUUUGAACUGGGUGUUACCUUCUCUAAUCCUCCUGCGCUUUAUUGUGACAAUAUUGGAGCUACAUAUCUUAGUUCCAAUCUAGACAUGCACUCCAAAAUGAAGCAUAUAGCUAUUGAUAUUCAUUUUGUUUGUGACCUCAUUGAGAAGAAAGUUCUACGAGUUUCUCACAUUUCUUCUUGUGACCAACUUGUUGAUGGUUUAACCAAAUCAAUUCCUUCUUCUCGUUUCCUAUUGCUCCGUACCAAGAUUGGAGUCUCCAAUGGAUCCUUCAUCUUGUGGGGGCAUAAAGAAGUAAAUAUGUAAUAUUUGUAAAGUUAUGUCCUUAUAUUUAUAGUUAGGGUUUUAUUGUAACUUGUAUAUAUACUUACGAUACUCUAAUAUUAUGAUGAUUUGCCACAUACUUUCAUCAUCUCCUAGCCUUUAUGUUAUAUACACCUCAAUUUAAGUCCCUUAUACUUUUGGUAACAUUAUUUUACUUUUCACUUUUUCAUCUUUAAUUAAUUAUUUUUACUAAU